AUGUUUUAUGCAUGUGAUAUUUUCCAUGCUCGGGCUCUGCUAAAUCUACCUUUAAUUUGUGUUCGAGUUGAUGUUAAUGCUACAACACUAACCGUGCAAGGAGGUACAACUGCAAUCCCCGGUGCUUUCGGUUGUGGCAAAACGGUGAUCUCUCAAUCCCUCUCCAAAUACUCCAACUCUGACAUCAUUAUCUACGUCGGUUGUGGUGAACGUGGCAAUGAAAUGGCUGAGGUUCUUCGUGAUUUCCCUGAGUUGACUGUUGAAGUAAACGGCAAACAAGAGACCAUAAUGAAGCGUACCGCCCUGGUAGCCAACACUUCCAAUAUGCCUGUGGCAGCUCGUGAGGCCUCCAUCUACACUGGUAUCACCCUCUCCGAGUACUUCCGUGAUAUGGGCUAUAAUGUAGCCAUGAUGGCUGACUCAACUAGUCGUUGGGCUGAGGCUCUUCGUGAAAUCUCCGGCCGUCUGGCUGAAAUGCCCGCCGAUUCGGGUUAUCCCGCCUAUCUGGGUGCCAGACUGGCUAGUUUCUAUGAACGAGCUGGACGAGUUCGUUGUCUGGGAGGACCAGAUGUGCGUGAAGGCUCGGUGACAAUUGUCGGUGCUGUCUCUCCUCCUGGUGGUGAUUUCUCCGAUCCUGUCACUUCUGCCACCCUCGGUAUCGUCCAGGUCUUCUGGGGUUUGGAUAAGAAGUUGGCUCAACGCAAGCAUUUCCCAAGUGUGAAUUGGCUUAUCUCCUACUCCAAGUACCUACGCGCUCUGGACGAGUACUAUGACCGUCAUUUCCCCGAGUUCGUCGCCGCUCGUUCAAAGAUGUCUGAAAUUCUGCAAAACGAAAAGGAUCUCUCAGAGAUAGUGCAACUUGUUGGCAAGGGCUCCUUGGCUGAGGGCGACAAAGUCACCCUGGAAGUGGCCCGCAUUAUCAAGGAUGAUUUCCUUCAACAAAAUGGAUACUCCGACUACGAUCGAUUUUGUCCCUUUUACAAGUCCGUGGGCAUGAUGCGCAACAUUAUUCACUUUUAUAACCUAGCGAUGAAGGUUACUACUGAAUCAUCUAACAAUCAGAAUAGUAAUCGGCGUGUUACUUGGUCGAUUAUUCGUGAGGCAAUGAAUUCCACCCUUUACAGGAUUUCCUCUAUGAAAUUCAAGAAUCCACGAGUGGAUGGUAAGGAGAAAAUCCUUGCUGAUUAUGAGGAACUUUAUGAGGAAAUCACCGCGGGUUUCAGGAAUUUGGAGGAUUUGUAG